AAAACAAUCUUUUGGAGAGAGUUUUUUUUUUUUUUUAAGCAUGAUAGGGACAGGAAGUGCCUGGACUGAUAAGUCAAGGCACAUGGCUGCAGUACAGUCUAGGAAGGAGCAACCAAGAAGGCCCGGCACAAAUGACGAAAGAGGCCGUCAUGCGCGGCUUGAGCCGCUUAGACCUGUAGCCUACCUGCCAAUAAGCUGAAGAAUGGAAUUAUCAGUAUGGAGACUGGGCAAAACCAAAGGAAUUCUCCUUCUUCUCUUCCUCCUCGUUUGUUUCAUCAUGAUAUACCACCGUGGGUCUAGCCCGCCUGUACCUGUAUUCCAUAGUAUUAUAAUAGAUAAUGAUGGGUUGAAUGGAAAAUCAAUUUCACAAGAUGAUGAUCGCCUCAUAGCCAAGAUCCGUGCUGUGUAUCUUAAACCUCCACCUCCAGCAAGUGUGCCCCUAAAUCUUACAGAUCCAGAGGAGUUUGACACUAGUAUGGGACAAGCACAAACUAUUAAAAAACUACUGAAAUAUAAGCGCAAUGGUUUCUUUAUUGAGUGUGGUGCUCUUGAUGGGGAAAUACGAUCAAACACGCUUUACUUUGAAAGGUACUUAGGUUGGACAGGCCUGCUUAUUGAAGGAGAUCCCAGCAACUAUGCUGCAAUGGUCCACAAACACAGGAAAGCCUGGCUCUCUCCAGCAUGCCUCUCCUUGAAGCCUUACCCUUCUGUUGUAUCUUUCAAGCAGAAUUUUAACAUGGGUCAAGUUUCUGAAUACCCCGCUGGCCAUUCACAAUCGGGCUUUGUUGACGUGCAGUGCUUUCCGCUGUACUCAUUUUUGCUUGCACUUGACAAGACAACAAUUGACUAUUUCAGUUUAGAUGUGGAAGGUGCCGAAUUGGAUGUACUUAAAACAAUACCAUGGUCUAAAGUAAAUAUUAAGGUUCUAUCUGUAGAAUUCAUUCAUGGGCCAGAAGGAAAAGAUGCUUUACAGAACUAUAUGGAAAGUUUAGGUUACAGAGUUGUGGACACGGUUAUUCAUUCCAACAAUCUGGCUAAUGACUUUAUUUUUGUCAAAGAUUAAUAUAAGAAAAUUUGUUGUUAAAGCUGCCCUCCACUCUCCCAUUCCAAAUUUGGAAAGACUUGUAUUUUUGUGAUGGCUAUGCUGGCAUCCCCAUCUCAAUGCACCGUUGCUCAAUGGUUGUGUUGUUUUUUUAAUUUAAAUUUUAGAUGUGAAAGCUGCUAUAAAAUCACAGAGCACAAUCAAUUUGCAAUGCUUAAAUGUGUAUAUACGUACUUUAAUAUUAUUGAUUCAUUAUUAAUUAGUCUACUCUGAUUAAUAUUGCUGCUCUGGUCAACUUUGCUGGUCUGCUGUCAAUGUGUCAUUUUUGUGGGGGAAAUGUCUACUCCUUAGUCAUUUUGAAUCAUUACCAUUGUUAGCCACCCGCACUUUCUCUUUGCUUUAUUUUAGAGCUUUAUAUUGUCUGCUUGGUCAGUCAUCUUCUUUUGUUCUUACUGUAAUCUUUUUCCAUAGACUGUAGGGUACAAAAUGUGCCAUUCUGUCCCAUGAGUAGAAUUUAUUCAAUCAACUUUAUCUUGUGAUUAUGGAUAUUAAUGAAUUAACUACCAUUGUAUUUUCACAAAUAUUUGUUGUUGUGAUAAACAUACUCAAAAUCUGCCAUAGUUUUAGCAGUGGAGCUCAAAUUUAUGGGGGUUCCUCCUAACAUGGGCGUAUGUGAUGAAGCGGGUGUUUGGUUUGUUGAGAAGCACUGUAAUUUGCUGAAAGUCGUUCUAAGCAGUCUGCAUUACAAAAUUUUGAGAAUUAUUUUUAUGAGCUAAUUGCAAGGCUAGUGUGAGAGCACCUUAAGUGCUAUGUAUUUUGAUUGUUUUGUUCUGUAAUCAGAAGAAGGGUGCUUUCAUUCUGUGACUUGCUUUGUUCCUACUGUUUCAUCGCGGAGGCUUAUGAGACAUAGACAGAUAUUAUUUUUAAAACUUAUUUGAGAGUAGCUGUCCUUGGUCUGACCAAACAUUUUACUGACAAACUUUAGCUCAGUCCAUAAAGUAAGUAGAUUUUUGUACUGUCUUUUUUUCUGUUAAUGUUCAAAUGUCAACACCUAUUGUGUGAUUCCUACAUUCGUUAAGCUCCCUAUGGCCUCUAUGCCAGUGUCAGGUCUUUCACCAAAGGAAAAGACUGUUUUAAAGCAACUGUUUGAUAUAUUCUAUAACUGUUUAGAUGUAGUCAUUUUGUGAUUGUUCCAAGGAAAACUUGGUGCUACCAAUACUAGGAAAGGCUGACAUGGAUUCGGGGUAAUUUUGAUACUUAUUAACAGACAAACUAUUCUAUCACAAAUUUCCCUCUUGAAAUUAUUUUGAUCAAAGUUUGAAUCCAUCUUAACGACUUACUACAGACUUGUUAAAUAAAUCUACAUUUUAUUGUAACUACCUAGUAUUAUUAACACCUAAUGUUUUACUGUCUGUACUAAACCAAAGUAAAGUUUUAUGUAUUCUGGAUUUUUAUCCAAUGUUGUUAAAAAUAUGAAACUUGUUUUUACCUGGGCAGUUUUUGCUGUGUAAGAUCUGAGUGAUGAAAAUCAAAGAACUAUUAAUGUAGUUGCAACUUCAAUUGAGUUGAAGGUAGGGCUUCUGGUGCCAUUGUUUAUUGGCACAAAUGCUGCUUGAAAACUUUGAGUCCCAUCUCUAACCAAUUCAAGCUAAAAUCAUGUGAUGAGAAACCAUUCAAAUUUAUAUUUAAUUACUUGUAAUGUAUUUACGAUUGUUGCAUUAAAUUUUCAAACUAUAUUCAAAAGAAUGAAAA